AUGAAGACGCACGAGAUGAGGAUGGGUAACGUCGUCGCAAUGGUCGGAGAGGAGUAUGGGCAGGCAAAUCGAGUCGACGGCUCACAGAAAGGGGAGAGAAAGCGACAAGACUGCUAUGAUGGGGUGCAGCAACAGAAGCGAGUGACGGGGUUCUGCCGCGUCCCGGCGAGGGCGAGGCUCACCGCCUGCAAAAACUCCCUGAUCACGUGGGGCUGA